AUGGAGAACGGACAGAGACCCGUGACUGUGCUCCCAGAUCCCAGAGCGGAUCUGCAUUGGUCUCAUUUCGAAGGGGCAAUUCAUGAUCGGUUCGCAGAAAAUGCCACCAAAUUCCCAGAUCGCCACUGUGUAGUCGAGACCGCAUCAAGGACAGCGCCGCAGCGGGAGUUUACCUAUCAACAGAUCCAUUAUGCUUCCAAUGUCCUUGCACAUCAUUUCUUGCAGCAUGGCAUUGAACGGGGCGAAGUUAUUAUGAUUUAUGCCUACAGGGGGGUGGACCUAUGCAUUGCGAUACUCGCGGUUUUGAAAGCUGGGGCUACCUUCAGCGUGGUCGAUCCUGCAUAUCCUCCUGAUAGACAAAUAGUAUAUUUGGACGUUGCAAGGCCUAGAGGUCUCAUUGUGAUCGAAAAGGCUUCCCAAGAAGAAGGCAGGCUCUCGGCUCAAGUACGGACAUGGAUCCAGGAGAAUCUCGAGUUGCGGGCUGAAGUGCCUGCUCUGGAAUUGCUUAAUGACGGCAGCGUCAGAGGAGGAUCGCUUGACCGAGAUGGCAAGGAUGUCUUACUGGAACAACAGUCGUUGAAGAGCACGCACCCUGGCGUGGUUGUUGGCCCGGAUUCUACACCAACGCUUAGCUUUACAUCUGUCACUCAGAAAUGGAAAGGUUUGACGUUUGUACAGGACAAAGACCAAUUCACCAUGCUGUCAGGGAUAGCCCACGAUCCCAUCCAGAGAGAUGUUUUCACGCCUCUCUUUCUUGGAGCGAAACUACUUGUACCGGCCAAAGAGGACAUCGAGCACGAGAGGCUGGCUGAGUGGAUGCGAAAAUACCAGGCAACCGUGACCCAUCUGACUCCAGCAAUGGGCCAAAUCCUAAUUAAUAUGUUCGGUACAACGGAAACCCAACGAGCCGUUAGUUAUUAUGCCAUACCUCCUCGGAAUGAGGACUCGGAAUACCUCGGCCGGAUGCCUGACGUCAUUCCAGCCGGCAGAGGUAUGAAGAAUGUACAAUUGCUUGCUGUCGACCGCGCAUCUCUGGAGCAAGGUAAGCCUCGACUAUGCGGCAUUGGUGAACAGGGAGAGAUCUUCGUCCGAGCCGGAGGUCUCGCUGAGGGCUAUUUGGGUGAUGAUCUGAAUAAGGAGAAGUUCAUCCCGAACUUUUUUCUCGAAAACCCCAAUGUGUGGCAGGAAAGUGAGGAGUUGAACUCUACCGGUCACGAGGAGCCGUGGCGCAAGUUCUGGAAAGGUCCUCGAGAUCGACUUUACAGGCUUGAGCUUGGAGAAAUCGACACACAUAUUUCGCAGCAUCCGUUGGUCAGAGAUAAUGUUACGCUCGUAAGACGGGACAAAGAUGAGGAACCUACGCUUGUGUCAUACGUGGUGCCAGACAUGAAGGAAUGGACCUCGUGGCUAGAAAAGACAGGCCAGCCAGACGAUACAGAAGACGAUACCAUGGUGGGUAUGCUCAAGCGGUUUCGUCUACUUCGAGAAGAUGUCAGAGCUGCGUUGAGAACGAAGCUUCCCUCCUACGCCGUGCCUAGCGUCCUAAUCCCUUUGAGAAAGCUACCAUUGACGCCCAACUACAAAGUCGACCGAAAAAUCCUACCCUAUCCAGACGCCGCCGCGCUCGCCACAGCUGCUUCAGCGGGCAGGGUAGCGAGGUCUCACUGGACAGACAUACAGAAGACUGUAGGCCAAAUAUGGGCUUCGCGAAUAGGCGUUCCCGCCGAGACCAUUGACCUAGAUGAUGGGUUCAUCGACAGCGGUGGUCAUAGUCUCAGGGCGCAGGAGGUUCUGUUUGACAUCAAGCGCUGGGCAAAAAUCAGUAUCUCUAUGAACACUCUGUUCCAGAAUUCAACACUGCGAGAGUUCUCAAGUGUCAUAGCUGCUGCGCUAGAAGCUCGAGAGGAUGGCGAGAAGAAGGCUGACAGUACGCCACCGGAGAUGGACUACGCGCUUGAUGGCGAAGUCCUACGGGCCAAGAGCCUUCCGUCUUCUUUCCCAACAGGGGCUGUCAGACCAGAGACUAUAAUGAUUACCGGGGCGACUGGCUUUCUGGGUGCUUCCAUCCUUGAAAACAUCCUCAACCGCAACAACGGAAUCAGGGUCAUUGCGCUAGUCCGAGCCAAGUCAUCCUCUGAAGCACUCGCGCGUGUCAAGACCACCUGUGUAGCGUACGGCACUUGGUCCGCCUCCUGGGAAUCGCGACUCAAAUGCAUACCCGGAGACCUCUCCAAAGAAAAGCUAGGUCUCAGCCCCGACGUAUGGUACAUGCUCGAGAAUGCUGUCGACGUCGUGAUUCACAAUGGAGCACGCGUCCAUUGGAUAUAUACCUACACAACACUCAAACCCACGAAUGUCCUCAGUACCCUCGCCUGCCUUGCGCUUUGCGCAAGUGGCAAACCCAAGCACUUGACGUUCGUCUCUUCGACCGCGGUUCUGGAUACGGAUCACUACGCCUCUCGCACGACGCCCAUCUUAGAAAGGGACCCUCUGGACGGCUCCCGCAAGGGCCUUUCGAGCGGGUACGCGCAGUCGAAAUACGUUUCCGAGUACCUCAUGCGCGAAGCAGGACUACGUGGGUUGCGAGGUAGUGUCGUCAGGCCAGGCUACAUUACUGGGAACCCAUCUACCGGCAUCGGCCCUACCGACGACUUUCUGCUCCGUAUGCUCAAAGGGUGUAUCCAGCUAUCCUGCCGUCCAGACCUAGGCAACAACACCAUCAAUCUCGUUCCCGUCGACUACUGCGCCAACCUCGUCGUGGCGUCUUCACUGCAUCCACCGCUCGAGCAAGAUGUUGGAGUUGUGCAUGUCACGCCACAUGCGCAGUUGGGCUUCAAUGCUUUCCUCGAAACGUUACAGAAAUAUGGUUACAAUGUGCCAAUGAUACCCUAUCCAGAAUGGCGUUCAGCCCUCGAGCAAUACGUGUCGACGGAAACUCAAGACCAAAGAGAAGCGCAUGCGCUUCUUCCGCUCUUCGAUUGGGUGACGACUGACCUGCCAUCCGAUACGAAGUCCAGAGCCUUAGACAACAUCAACGCACAGGCCGUGCUUCGAGCCACUGGUGUUGAGGAGAAGGAUUGCCAGGUUGGAGUCACGCAAGAGACUGUGGGCGCUUACCUGGCUUUCAUGGCCGAGAUUGGAUUCAUCGGCCGACCGGAAGGGACGAAGGAGGGAAUGAAUCUACCGAUGGUCGAAAUUCGAGAAGAGCAAAAACAGGCACUGAAAAUGGUCGGGAGGGGUGGUUAA